GGUCGGGGCACAGUUCACAGCGCCACACGAAUGAGGCGUUGUAGCAUGGUAAAGCCCGUCGUACGCUUUGGUGCCAACGAAAAUGCUGUUGCUUUUAUGAGCUGUCGUGUUCAUAUUGCACCUUUCCACACGCCAGCAUCAUGCACUGACAAGUUAUAAAUUCGCAGGUUGGGGUACCGUUCGCAGCUGUGAUUUGGACUUGUCGUUCAGCAACAAGUAUUCAAGCCUUCCAUGGAAGUGCUUUCAUCAACAGUCAGCUGGCCACAUCCAUACGGACAGCAACAUCAUCAACACAACAGCAACAGUCAUGUCUUCCCCGAAAACGCUUUUCCUUGUCGGCACUGGCUUCAUCGGCGGCUCGAUCCUCACGGCCCUGCUGCAAGAACGGAAGGAUCUUGAAGUCAGUGCGCUGACCAGGAACGAUGGCCAGGCUGCCAAGCUUAAGGAGCUUGGUGUCCAGCCCGUCAAGGGAUCGCUUGAUGACACGGAAACUAUCAAGGCUCAGGCAGCGAAGAGCGAUAUUAUCAUCCACGUCGCCACUGCUGAUCACAUCUCGUCUGCUAAGGCCAUUGCUGAAGGCAUCCGUUCCCGGACGAACAAAUCUCGCAAGACCAUCUACAUUCACACAUCGGGUACCGGCGUGCUCGUCGAUGACUCGAAUGGAAAGUAUGCAGCGGACCCAGCCACUUACACGUUCUACGACACGCGACCAGCGGAGAUCGACUCUAGGCUCAAGGACUCGGCUCCCCACAGAGAUGUCGACCUGACUCUGAAGCAGCUUCUCGCCAACGAAGAAGCUGAAAGGGAAUUCAAUGCGCGUGCGGCGAUCAUCACCCCUCCUUUAAUCUACGGCCUCGGAACUGGGCCAUUCAACAAGCAGUCGAUCCAAGUUCCUGCACACAUUCGCGCGGCUGUCAAGGCAGGCAAGGCUUUCGUUGUCGGGGGCGGCAAGGGCAUCUGGAACGCCAUCCACAUCCAGGACCUCGUCUCUGCGUAUCUCCUCCUCUUGUCGCACCUCGAACAGAGCCCGCCAGGCUCGCCAGGUGGCCCAUAUAUUUAUGCCGAGACGCAACUCUUCUCGUGGGGCGACCUAGCUCAGGUGGUGGCGCGCCGCUUGCAUGCUGUGGGCAAGCUUAGCAGCAAGAAAAUGCACACGGCCACUGAUGACGAGCUCAACAAGUUUUUCUUCGGAGUCGACGUCAGCUAUUCAGUCUUGGCGUGCAAUUCCAUCAGCAAGGCGGAAAAGCUACCGGCGCUUGGGUGGAAGCCGAACCCAAGCUUACCAUCAUUGUUGGAAAGUGUGGAGAAGCAAGAGGUGGACGAGCUGUUGAAGAGAGAGUUUGCAUAAACGUUGUACUAUCUUUUCAAUCUACAGAAAUCAAUUUGCGCCUGAGAAGCGCACUAACUU